UGCAAAGUGUUCGAAUCUGAAUUCAGCUCUUGUUAAUUUUUCGAAGGUUAAGAAAAAAAUUGUCAACAUGCGUGAAAUCGUCCACGUCCAAGCUGGCCAGUGCGGCAACCAGAUCGGAGCCAAGUUUUGGGAGGUGAUCUCCGAUGAACACGGCAUCGACCCAACCGGUACCUACCAUGGGGACUCUGAUCUCCAGCUCGAGCGUAUCAACGUCUACUUCAAUGAGGCUACCGGUGGCAAGUACGUUCCACGAGCCGUGCUCGUCGACCUUGAGCCAGGUACCAUGGACUCGGUCCGUUCCGGUCCAUUUGGUCAGAUAUUCAGACCAGACAACUUCGUCUUUGGCCAGAGCGGGGCAGGUAACAACUGGGCCAAGGGACAUUACACAGAGGGCGCUGAACUGGUGGACUCUGUCCUAGAUGUUGUCCGCAAGGAAGCUGAAAGCUGUGACUGUCUUCAGGGAUUUCAACUGACGCAUUCACUAGGAGGUGGAACCGGCUCUGGUAUGGGAACCCUGCUCAUUAGUAAGAUCCGGGAGGAAUACCCUGACAGAAUCAUGACGACCUUCAGCGUCGUUCCAUCACCCAAGGUUUCAGACACCGUCGUCGAACCUUACAACGCCACCCUGUCCGUUCACCAACUGGUCGAAAACACAGAUGAGACGUUCUGCAUCGACAACGAAGCCCUGUACGACAUCUGCUUCCGGACACUGAAACUGACCACUCCGACAUAUGGCGAUCUGAAUCACUUGGUGUCCGCAACCAUGAGUGGCGUCACAACCUGCCUCAGAUUCCCUGGACAGUUGAAUGCAGAUCUGCGUAAGCUGGCUGUUAACAUGGUGCCAUUCCCACGUCUUCACUUCUUCAUACCUGGUUUUGCUCCACUAACCAGCCGUGGAAGCCAGCAAUACCGUUCAUUGACCGUUCCAGAGCUCACACAGCAGAUGUUCGAUGCCAAGAACAUGAUGGCCGCCUGCGAUCCUCGUCACGGUCGCUACCUGACUGUCGCCGCCAUGUUCCGUGGUCGUAUGUCCAUGAAGGAGGUUGACGAACAGAUGCUCAACGUUCAGAACAAGAACAGCAGCUACUUUGUCGAAUGGAUCCCCAACAACGUCAAGACCGCUGUCUGUGACAUCCCACCAAGAGGUCUUAAGAUGUCCGCCACCUUCAUCGGCAACACUACCGCCAUCCAGGAGCUUUUCAAGCGCGUUUCAGAGCAGUUUACCGCCAUGUUCAGACGAAAGGCCUUCCUUCAUUGGUACACUGGCGAGGGUAUGGACGAGAUGGAGUUCACUGAGGCUGAGAGCAACAUGAACGACUUGGUGUCCGAGUACCAGCAGUACCAGGACGCCACCGCCGAAGAGGAGGGCGAAUUCGACGAGGAAGAGGAAGGGGAUCAUGAACAGUGAAUCCUAACGAAAACU